ACAGCAGUUAAUCUUCGAACUAAAAUGUUUGUCUUCCAAGUUGAAGAUACCUAUGUUGUGUUGAAGAGUAGACUUGAAGGGGAGAAGGAUCAUGACUGUUCUAUCCUUUGUUCUAACUCAUAUAACCAGUUUUCACGGAUACAAACCGCCCAGGCUCUUCAAACCUUCUUCAACAUAGACAAGAUAGAGCAUGCGGGUGUACCUGAAUCCGAAUAUAUAUCCUUCCAUGAAUUCUUGGCCUUUAUAUUCCAGAACGUGUGUAGUCUUCCCUCCACACCGAGGACAGAGGCUUUCCUGGACUCUCUAAUCAACCUCUCGGCCUCAAUCCUGAACAGGAGGAGAAACUUCAACUCCCUGGAGGUUCUCAAACCUCAGGCGGAAUCUCUUUAUCAUCUUAAGAGUUAUAAAAGGCUUCUUGAUAAUAUUGUGAACCUUGACCCAACCACUAGAACCUGUACUCAAUGCAGAAAAGUGUUAGAGUCUCUGGUUGAGUUGAGAACACACAUGAUAAUAUUCCACCUUGGGUCCGACAACUGGAAGCUGCUGCAGCCGGGGGUUGCAAAAGAAUUGCGCUGUGCUCCUUGCUCACAACAAUUUUACUCUGUCUUUGAAUAUUUACUUCAUUUAAACUUCUGUAUAGGCUCCCGGGACCUAGAGAAAACUGCUUAUAUUCGGAGGAUGAGAGAAAUGAAAACUUUAAACAUCUCGAACUCCAACUUCUGCCACCUAUGUAUGAUUACCCUGCCCUGUCGGGAGAACUUCCUCAAGCAUCUGCAGGUUCAUGAUGAUGGGUUUGAUCAGGAUCCGCACAACCUUAUCUGCCGUAACCCUAAGUGUGAGAAGGCAGCGGUUUAUAUCUCUAGUAGGAAGGCUAGACUGUAUAUUCUAGUGAAAUCCAUCAACAACUACAGCGUGUAUACGUGUGGGGCGUGUGGUAUAGAUAAGCUCAAGGGUUCAGCUUACACUCAUCACCUCAAAACCCAACAUAUUGGAUUAGAUGUUUGGAACAGACUAGACUCAGGCUUGGGAACCCAGGGCUGCCCAGGAUACUAAAAGUUACUCUCGCCGUUUACCCGCACUUCAACGAUUUUAACGGGAAAGUAGACCCACUCAAUUUAGAAUAUCUAAGCAUUUCCGUUAAUCUCCCAAGUUCCCAAAUUAAAUUUUGAGCCAAAUCGGUAUAGGGGUUCUUGGGUUAUGAUCGGACAAAUAAACAGACAG